CAGAUCUGUACGCAUUCGCAUUUUGUGUUCAGGUGUCAAAGGUUGUUGAAGUACAUUUCGGUGUUCUGAGAUUGAAUUGUGUUCCCAAAAAUCGGAGUUUGGUGAAAAUAAUUUAAAAAUAAAUAAAAACUGGCAUGAAAAAAUAGUAUUGUUAAAAACAUAUUAGGUCAAUCUGGAUUCGAUAAGUCAGGCCGCGGAUAUUAUUUUGCAACAGAUAAUAAAGAUAGACGUUACUUACCGGAAGAGGGACAAAGCACUCGCUGUGGAGUACGAGUAACGAAUUGUCCUUAUGAUGACACAAAUCCAACGAAAGUGUCUUCACAACCUAUAAACAGUAAUAGUCAAACCAAUAAUGGUUACUUACCUAUAAAUAAUAAUAGUAAUAAUAGUAACAAUAAUGGGCCUACUAAUUCUAGUCCAAACCAAAAUGGUUGGACCUAUAUGAACGAAAAUGAUAAAAAUACCAGAAGUGAUAGGGAUAGAGAGAGAGAUCAACAGAGCUCUGCCUACGGCGGCCGCCCGCCCCGUCCUUUAGGUGGCAGUUAUCUGUUCGAUCGAGAUAAUAAUGUCGUUUCAGUUGCCCCAUCCAAUGAUAAUACAGCUGACAACAAAGACGCUUCAACUGAAUUGGGUUCAAAAAAUACUGGAAGUAGUGUAAAUCAAGAACAUAAUGAUGGAAUGGCCAAUCGUGCUGGAAAUAAGCAAUAGGCAGUUCACGGUUCCACAA